GGGAGUGGGGGCUGUAGCCAAUAGAAGCUCGCGGAAGAGAUCAGCAGAUACAGGUGUCCGUGUAACGCUGUUGACAGCUCUUGGUGGCCGGACCCGUCGGUGCCGUGUAUAUACAGCUCAGCGAUAAUGGAAAAACAAGUACCUCUAAAUCAGGAGGACAACACUUUGAUUCGGAGCAUAGAGGAAGAAUACAGAAAAGCGUUUCUCUUUAUCAAUAAAGGCUUGAACACUGAUGAGUCGGGUUACAAGGAACAAGCCCGUAACUAUUAUAGGCAAGGGCAGGAGCAUUUGAUAAGGGGGCUGAGUGUCCCUUUACGUGGACCUCAUUGCGUCGGUCCGGCAUGGGACUCUGCGAGACAAAUGCAAGUUAAGAUGCAGGAGACCCUGCAAAACGUUAACACUCGUUUGAAUAUCUUACAGCAGAGUAUGGCAGCGGCUUCAGUAAAUCCAGCUGCUCCAGUUGUUCCAGUUCCUGCAGGUGCACCUGCCCAAGUUCCCAACAUGUAUCCAGAACUACCCCCCAAGGAAAAAGAGAAACCAUCCAGACCACCGCCUCCAAAUCUUCCCUCGUUCCCAGCGGAGUCCUGUCCUGUUAAUAACGGUGCUUCCGUUAUGCCAGGCAAUGAACCUAUUCCUCCAAUGAACCCCUUUAUUGCAGGAGCGACGGCAGCUCCCCCAACUUAUACUCCUCAGGCCACAGAUGGCCAUUACACGGUUUCUUACGGGACUGAAUCCGGAGAACUUCCUACAGUAGGAGAUGACUUCUACUCCAUUCAAGUUCAGCCACCACCAGUACAUAGUCUGGGGGUAGAUGCAGACGAGAUGAUACUUAUCCCUCAAGGUGUACAGAUAUUUUUUGUGACCCCUGAUGGCCAAGUCAGCGCUCCGUCCUAUCCCGGAUAUCUCCGUAUUAUAAAGUUCAUGGACACCAGCAGCGAGGCAGCACAGGGACGCCCACCAGCUUUCCUUCAGGUGUGUGAUUGGCUGUAUCCACUCAUGUGGACACAGUCGCCUGUCUUCAGGUCAAACAAUGGAGUGUACAUGUUUCCAGACUUGAUGUCCCAGGUUCCAGGGUCUUAUGUGGGGGUUGUUCUGUCUCAUGAGCUGCCAGCAGCAGACCAGGAACUUUUUGAGGACCUUCUGAAGCAGAUGUCUGAUCUGAGGAUCGAGCCUUCUGAAGCAUCAAGUCAAGUCAUUGACAUCAGUCAGACAAUACAUGUUGUUCCUGAGCCGAAGGAGACAUUACCAGAAUGGAGCGAGAAAGUUGCACAAGGAAUUCUGUCUGGUGCUUCCUGGCUGAGCUGGGGUUUUGUGAAAGGAGCCGAGUUCACUGAAAAAGCCAUUCAAAAAGGUGCAACAAAACUGCGAGAACACAUCCAGCCUGAUGAGCGGCCUGCGGAGGUUAAUCCCACGGUGGCCAAAGGACUUCAUGUAGCCAAGCAAGCCACGGGUGGGGCAGUGAAAGUCAGCCAGUACCUUGUUGAUGGCCUGUGCUCCAUUGCCAGCAGCGUUGGGAAGGAGCUAGCGCCACACGUGAAGAAACAUGGGGGCAAGCUUAUCCCUGAAUCCCUGAAGAAAGACAAGGGUGGCAAGUCCCAACUGGAAGGUGCUAUGGUGGUGGCCGCCAGUGGAGUCCAAGGAUUUGCGACUGUAUGGCAGGGGCUGGAAUAUGCUGCUAAGAACGUUGCAAAAAGUGUUGCAUCAGAGACCGUUCACACUGUCAAGUACAAGUAUGGUAAAGACGCUGGCCAUGCCACAGACAAUGCCAUGAAUUCUGCUAUUAAUGUUGGAGUAACCGCAUUUAACAUUGAUCACCUUGGCAUCAAAGCUAUAGUGAAAAAAUCUGCCAAAGAAACUGGCCACGCCAUCCUCGAGGAGUACAAGAUAACAGAGAAGCAAGAAAAAAAAGACGGACUUCACUGAACCAUUACUAAUUUCAUGCUGCCUUAAAUGCGUGGACCUUCUCCUACUUGGCUUGAAAAAUUAAUGCUGGGUUUCUUACCCAUGACAAAGCAUUUGUGAAAGGACCUUUACUGUUCUAGUAGGUGCUGCAGUGCUUCAUAUUAAUCCUUCUGGCUGCAACCAAACAGACGUGGUGUAGAACCUGUCAGAGCGCUGAUGUAUAAUGUGAGGCUAUCAGGCUGGAUGCAGGUAUUAAUGCGCUUUCCCAAUCCUGUUUGAAGUGGCCAUCAUGUGUGUUUAGUUUGCCUUUAACAAAGGAAGGUCUGGUCCACACCAACCUCCACACUAAAAACAUGGAAAUCCAUAGUGGAUAGAGUCCAUCCUCGGGACUUUAGCAGCGCAGAUCUUGAUCCCCUUUUCACAUGAGAAAAGGUAAAUGAAUGGCAUGGCUCUGUGGUUUUGAUAAAUAUCUAUAUUCGUGUGAGUAUACCGACACAUAUUAAAAUAUUAAUUGUGUAGCUAAGGGGAAUGCCGCCAUACUGCCUAAAAACCCAAUGACGUGUUCUGCAUUCUGUCUAACUUUGGGUUUUGUUGCUAUCUGAUAAAAUAUUAUCAAAUUAAAUGUAAUCCAGAUAUUGAGACCUUC